GCAGCAAAUGGUGAUAAAGUACUGAGGAGGGAGGGGAGGAGAGGAGGAGGGAAGUUCCUUCACCAACGUUAGCUCCACAUCAGCUCAGUGUGCAGUUCCCAACCCUGCUCUCCAGCUACCAUUCCAUUAUAGAACUCCAGAGAAGAUCACCUUGAUAAGUGGGUCAACACAACGUUCUACCGAUCUCCUGAUCUCCCUGGUUUCCCUGCUUCUAGUUUGUUGGACUAGUGGGCUGGAUGUUUCACUCGGGAAAUUUGUAUCCAGGAUGUUAGGAAUUGUAAAAAUGGAAGGACAUGAAACGACAGAUUGGAGCAACUAUUACCAGGAGACUCAGGAGGCCUAUUCCUCAGUCCCCGUCAGUAACAUGACACAAGGGCUGGCUUCCAUGAACAGCUAUAUGACCAUGAAUCCCAUGAGCUCCAGUGGAAACAUGGCCCAGAGUUCUUUCAACAUGUCCUAUGCCAAUUCUGGGCUACCUGCAGGUCUGAGCCCCAAUGGAAUGGGUGGGAUGGGUGCCGGGUCCGGUGGUGCAAUGAAUGGAAUGGGUUCUGGGGUUCCAACCAUGGGAACUGCUCUGAGUCCCACCAGCAUGAAUGCCAUGAACGCCCCUCAAGGUUCUAUGAACAGUCUGAGUCCAUAUUCCAGUAUGAACCCUGGGAUGAGCCCAAUGGCCUAUGCACCCUCCAAUAUCAACAGGACCAGAGACACCAAAGCUUUCAGGAGAAGUUACCCGCAUGCUAAGCCCCCUUAUUCAUACAUUUCAUUGAUUACCAUGGCCAUACAACAGGCCCCCAGCAAAAUGCUGACCCUCAGUGAGAUCUACCAGUGGAUCAUGGACUUGUUCCCUUAUUACAGGCAGAAUCAGCAAAGGUGGCAAAACUCCAUCAGGCACUCGCUGUCCUUUAACGACUGCUUUGUUAAGGUGGCCAGAUCCCCAGAUAAGCCUGGUAAAGGCUCUUACUGGACAUUGCAUCCUGACUCUGGAAACAUGUUUGAGAACGGCUGCUAUCUCCGCAGACAAAAGCGAUUUAAAUGUGAGAAGCAACAAGGAGGUAAGGGGUCCCAAGAUGGCAGGAAAGACCAUUCAAAUCCUUCCUCUCCUUUACACCGUGUACACAGUAAGUCCAACCAAAUGGAAAACAGCUCUUCCAUGUCCAAUCCUUCCAGUAGCCCACAUUCUCUAGAACAUGGUGGUCCUAACGGAGAGAUGAAGCCCCAGGUGACAGCUGGACCAUCACCUAUAUCUUCUCACCCAGCCCAUACCUCCCACUUGACCCACGACUCCCACAUUCACAUGAAAGGAGACCCUCACUACUCUUUCAAUCAUCCUUUCUCCAUCAACAACCUAAUGUCUUCUUCUGAACAGCAACACAAACUGGACUUCAAAGCUUAUGAGCAGGCUCUCCAGCAGUAUUCAUCCUAUGGGGGACCUAUUCCUGCUAUGUCCCUAGGCAGUACCUCUAUGUCUGGAAGGGGUAGCAUUGAACCCUCAGCCCUGGAACCCACAUACUACCAAGGGGUGUAUAAUAGACCUGUCCUAAACACCUCUUAAUCUGCUUCCCAACCACCUGAAGACUUGAAAUAAUACAAUUCAAUGGAAAUUAAGUAACAUUUACCUUAUCCAUGUUAAACGUUUUUCUUUUUUUUAAGAAUGAGGACUGUUACCUUAAUAUUGUAUUAAAACAGAAGAAUAUACAUAUGUUAUUUUAAACACACAAAGAACCUGCAGAUUUGGUGUGAUCUUCCCUUGUAACAUAUAGCACAGAGGUCAACAGAGAUGCAGAAAUUUGUAUUUAAAAUGUUUAUUCUGUAUAUAUCGCUCAAUGUCUAUCGAUUUCUUUAGGGCUAGUUUACAAGAGAGUUUUGUUUGCUUUGUUUUAGAAUUAUUAUUAUUAUUUUUAUUUUAUUUUUUC